UCGUGCCCAGAAAGCUCGCGCAGCAACUGCGGCAGCGAUGCGACCGCCGCCGCCCCAAAACCCAGUGGUGGCGAAGCCAGGAGGACCGGUGGUGCAAGGAGGACUGGUGGCACAAGGAGGAGUGUCGCCGCAGGCAGUUUUGCAAGCUCCUGGUCAACAGGUGGUGACUAUGACCAGGGAGGAGAUGCAGAGGAUAGCGGCGGCCGCGGCGGCGCAGGCGGUGCAGCAAGUCACAAGUCACACAUCUCACGCCACAACCGCGCCGACCACGGUGGCAGGAAGUCAAGACGAGGAU